AUGGAGAAUUCUGGGAAGCGAUUCAAGGGCUCCGGCCUAGCUCCGCCAUUCGAUAAGGGAGGUGACGGCACAGAUAAGCAGCGGCGUCCCCGCAGCAGCUGGGCCCUCCGCGCCCUGGUUGCCCUUGUGUUGUUGGUGCUGCUGUUGGUUGCGUACCAAGCCGCGGACCGGCGCCGCCUGUCGGCCCUCGUGCACUGGGUGGACUCCCACCGCACGAAAGGCGCCGUGGCCCUGAUCGCGAUCCAGAUCACCUUCACCAUCUGCCUGAUCCCUACGGGAGUGCUGGCCGUGGCCGCGGGCGCGCUCUUUGGCUUUGGGCGCGGCAUGAUGCUGGUGUGGUCGGCCUGCGUCGUGGGGGAGACCCUGGCCUUCGCCCUGGGCCGCCACCUGUUCCGCGCCUACAUAGAGCGCGUCUCAGCGGCCUGGCCCACCUGGGUGGCGAUGGAGGCAGCGCUGCGCGAGGACGGGUGGAAGCUGGUGCUGCUGCUGCGCUGCUGCCCCGCGUCGCCCUUCACGCUGCUCAACUACGCCCUGGGCUCCACCAGCCUGCCCUUCUCCCACUUCUUCUGGCCCUCGGUGUUUGGCAUCGCCCCCGGGAUUGCGCUCUACGUGUGGGGCGGCAACCUGCUCAAGGACCUGUCGGACGUGGCCAACGCAGAGGGCGCCAUCGCCAGCGCCACGCCGCCGCAGGCGCGCAUCGCGUUUGCGGUGAUAUCUGGCCUGACGGCGGUGCUGGUGCUGGUGGGGUCGGCGGUCUACACGAAGCGCGCGCUGACAAAGCGGCUGGCGCGGGUGGAGGGCGGCGGCGUGGACGGCGAUGCAGAGCUGGGCCGCCAGGGCAGCGACGACUGCCGCAAGCCGCUGCUGUGCGCGGCCGAUGCGCGGCCGGGCAUGGCACAGCGCGGCCCGGGCGCGGGCCGCGUGCGGUAUGUGGCGACACCCCCGCCCCAGGUGCCGGCGCCGGCGACCCCGCCGCAGCAGGCGUCCCAGCAGCAGCAGCAACCGGAGCAGCUGUUGCAGCAGCUCUCGCAGCAACAGCAGCAGCUCGCGCAGCAGCUGUCGCAACAGCAGCAGCUCGCGCAGCAGCAUCUGCAACAGCAGGUGCACAUGUCAAUGCAGCAGCGCAACCAUUCGGCGCCGGCCACGAUGCAUCAGCGGCCCGCUUCGCAGCCGCACGUGCCAAGUUUGAUCAGCAGCAUUGUGUGA